GAGAUAAAUAUAUUCAGAUAUUUCCCUUAUAUCAUCUGCCCUAGAUUUUCUCUUUGCCAUUUCUGUGAACCCCCUCGAUCAUCUCCGAUCGUUUCCUAGAAACCAUGGCUAAUGCGGCGUCAGGUAUGGCUGUGCAUGAUGACUGCAAACUAAAGUUUUUGGAGUUGAAGGCAAAAAGAACUUACCGCUUCAUCGUGUAUAAAAUUGAGGAGAAGCAAAAGCAGGUUGUUGUGGAAAAGGUUGGUGAGCCAGCUCAAAGCUACGAGGACUUUACAGCAAGCCUUCCUGCUGAUGAGUGCCGAUAUGCUGUUUAUGAUUUUGACUUUGUGACAGAAGAGAAUUGCCAGAAGAGCAAGAUCUUUUUCAUUGCAUGGUCGCCUGAUACAUCGAGGGUGAGAAGCAAGAUGAUUUAUGCAAGCUCCAAGGACAGGUUCAAGAGAGAACUAGAUGGUAUCCAAGUAGAGCUGCAAGCAACUGAUCCAACUGAGAUGGGUCUUGAUGUUAUUAGAAGCCGUGCCAGCUAAAUACAAGUCUCCUAUGCUGCAACAGGGAGUUCCUCCAUUCUCUCUGCUUUACUUUUAAGUGAGAUGUUAAUAGUUUGUGGGGGCAGUGAAGCUGACUGAACUAUGAUAUUGGUUUGUUGUCCAAGUUACCUUACAGUAUUUUCUUCAUCUAGAACAAUUCACUGUUUUCAUUUAUAUUUUAUAAUUUGGCUGUGUGGAAAAUUAUGGGUGUCUGCUUAAGGAUAUGUCUACAAGUACAUGUGUAUCGUUGUCUGGGGAUACACAAUACCUUUUGGUUUUUGAUGACUUUGAAAAUGGAUGUUUUUGACCAUUUUGAGCCCUGCUGUGUUUACAAAAAAGGCAGACUACCAUACUUCCGGAGCUAAUUUGGUUGGUGUGGUAUUCACUUAAUUAGAAAUGAUAUAAAUUGGGUGGUUUAAGGCA